ACUUGUCUCUUACUCUUCAACUAAAUUAAUAAUCAUAUCACACGAUGGAACAGUUUUUUCCUGAAAAUCUUCUAGGUGAUGUAUUUUGGGAUGAACCUCUUUUACCUACAAACCAAAGUAGUUUUGUUCUAACACAACCUUGUCCUACACCAAAUCUAAGUGCUUUUGUUCAAUAUAGAGACCAACCCAAUAUUAGUUUUGGGGAACAAAGUUUUCUAAAAGGGUCCAAUUCAAAUAACAUGAACAAGAGGAUGAUUGCAUUUUUGAGAAAAAGUUUGCCUUUAGAGAGAAAUAAAGUAGCAGAAUGUGAAAGAGAACGUGGUUUCAAGCACAUGAUUAGUGAAAGAAUGAGGAGACAAAGACAAAGACAAUGUUGCUUCAAUUUACAUGCAGUGUUGCCUCAUGGAACCAAAACAGAUAAUAAUUCUGUAGUUCAAACAGCAGCUAAGGAAAUUCAAAGGCUACAAGGAUGCAAAGAGGAAUUGGAAAGGAAAAACUUUGUUCUUGAAGAAAAUGUUGAAGUAAUUGACAGAAGAAAACAAAUUCAAUAUUUGAGAGUGCCAUGUCCUACAUCUGGAAUUGAUUCUAUAGUUGAGACACUGAAAUUGUUGAAAAACCAUGGUGUUGAUACAAGAAGCAUCAAGUCAAAUUUUUCUCAGCAGGAGUUGUUUUUAGUCUUAGAGAUAGAAUCUGAGAUUGCAGGAACUGAUGUGGAAAAGGCUAUUAAGAGAUUACUUGAUGAACUUGAGUGGAAGCUUCAUUCUCAUGUCCCGGAAGGUUCAAAUAAGCAAAUAAUAGAAUAUGAAGAGUUUGGAUAAAUUUUUGUUUAUUUAUAAAUAGAAAAAUAUGGCUUUUCGAUUGACUUUUCUAUGUUAUGCUACUGUUGUAUGUACAUAAGUCGUUUGAAUUAUUAUUGUAUUAGCCUACUAUAGCUUGUGUAAAAAAAAAAAAGAAACUACCCUGCUAGGACUAGGAGAUUUUGGAUCAAAUAAAUUAAUUAUUCAUUGGAUGAAUAAGUACUAAAUUAGUCUCUAAUGUAAAUUUUAUUUUGGCUUUUAAUCUUAUUUUGGGAAAAUACUUAAUAGACACAAGUUUUUGGACAUAA